GGCUGUCAAAACGGUUGAAAACAGUUGUGAUGCUUGUGAUAAAAGUUUAUGAUUACUGUUGAUUAUCUGUGAUGGAACACUGUUGCUUUUCAACGUACUACAAAUACGUAUAAAUCAACAGCUGAUCUAACCAAAGAAUUAAAGUAAACAUAAAAUGUGCUCAAUAUAAUAAAAAAAAGAGGUUAAAAUGCGGGUAAUCAUGAAUGUUGCGAAGCUUCUUGUUAGUUAUCUGUACGAGUACGCCCGUGGUUUAUCAUUCACGAUAACUGCCAUACUCGUACUUUCCUACUGCCUCCAUCCUGGACGAUUCGCCUCUCAUUACAGUUUCAUUGAAGCGAAAAAUAUCUACACGGAAAUGGAGAAGGCCUACUCGCCUCGUGAAAAUUCGUGCGCGAUUGUCGUCACCGGAAGACAAGCAUCGGAACUACUUUACCCGGAAGUGAAUCCCCGUGAAGAUCCGGUUGUGAUGGCCAGACGAUUGGGGAUUCUGCCUGGAGGCCAAUGGAAACCAGUGAACUGUCAUCCCCUCUUCAAUAUAGCGAUCAUUCUGCCUUAUCGAAAUCGACAGACGCAACUCUCCAUUUUCAUGAAUUUCAUACAUCCGUUUCUGCAGUCGCAGAACUUGGAUUACCGGAUAUUUGUGAUCGAACAGAGUCCCAUGCGGGAAUUUAACAGGGCGAAACUGUUCAAUGUUGGAUAUGCGGAAGCCACCAAGGUCAAUGAUUUUCAUUGCUUCAUCUUCCAGGAUAUUGAUCUCAUUCCGCAAAAUCCGGACAAUAUUUACGCGUGCACGAAAAUGCCGCGACAUAUGAGUUCGAGUGUGAACACUUUUAGGUACAAUCUCCCGUAUACGGGAUUAUUUGGUGGGGCGAUUGCUUUGACUAGGAAGCAGUUUGAGAGAGCUAAUGGGUUUUCGAAUGUUUUCUACGGUUGGGGUGGAGAAGAUGAUGACUUUUAUGGAAGACUGCAGAGUAGAGGUCUUAAGGUCACUAGAUUUGGACCGGAUGUAGCUCAAUACUACAUGCUUAAUCACAAAAAGGAGUCACCAAGCACCGCGCGCUUCUCAAAUCUUGAAAAUGGAGUUCGAAGGUUUGAUACCGAUGGUAUCAAUAAUCUCGAAUACAAAGUUUUAGAUCACCAGCUACGACCUCUAUAUUCUUGGAUAUUAGCCGAUGUUUAAAAUCAGUUUCGAAAUUUUGUAAACUGAACUUCACACAAUUUUAUCAAUAAUUAUUAGGGUGGUACAAAAAAAAAUACUUUUUUUCCAAUCGUUAAAACGCUGAUUUAGAAAAUCAAAACAACAUUACUGAGGAUUUAAUUGAAAAAAAACAUGAUUAUUAUUGAAAAAAUUUGAAA